UCCCCGUUGGUGAGGAAAGAAUUUUGCGACGUCGAUUGGAUCAACAACGACGACGGGUUGAAGACAUGUCGGAGAUGUUGAGCUUCUCGAGAGAGGAAAAACAAAAACUAGAGCUCGAGAUAAAAACGGCAAAUGUCGCGUUAGAUGAAUCUCAAAGUUUACUCAACGACAAGAUCGUGAUGAAGGAAAUUUUAGAGAAGGAAUUAUUUUUGUGA